CGAAAAUCAUAUGGUUUUCCUCGUGCACGCACGUUACCGUUGUUCCGUAGUCUAGUCAGUCUAGUAGUGUCUAAUUUAAUUCUGUUUAAAAGGAUAAGCUAUAGUUUUGUUGUCCAAAUUACGAGUGAGAACUAGUAAUAAUUAUUAGAUGUUAUCAAAAUUGUGCUGAAAUUCAAACAUGUCAGUGAUAUCUUCACCGAGCGAAACGCAGAAGGAAUCCCAAGAAAAGCUCGUCACCUUUUGUCAACUGUUGGCGCAAACCUACCGCCAACUGCGCGCCCUCACCAGCACCGAGCGAUCCAACGUGGACAAAACGCUGGCCAAAGCUUCGCGCUACGAACUAAUCCGUAGGGUCAACUACUCAGCAACGAGCUCUUGCUACUCGGAACGGCAAAUUGAGCAAACCCAAACCGAGUGCCUCCACGAGAUCAACAACCGAUUGAUCGCCACCGGUGAGCUGAUACACGAAACGACCAACGAGUUCUACAAGCUGCUCCGCAGCUACCAAGACCUUCAGCAAACCGCCCAGAAAUUGGACUGGUCCACGACCAGCAAGUGUGCUCUAAUUAACGGAGGAGUAAAGCAAAAACCUCUCGAAUAUUAUAUCCAGGAAGGCCACCGGAUAGUGUACCAACUGAGUGCGGUGACUACCCGUAUCAAGCUGGUUUUUGGCGCGGUGGAUUUUCAACGCGCCGAUACGAUACAAAAACUGCGCGACUGUCUGAAGCUUUCGGAAGAAUUAGAUUUAUAUUUGCGGGAGUUUAUGGUUUAUAGUUCGUUCAUUGUAAAAUAAAUAUGAUUUUACAUUAGUAAUACGGAAAAACUAAAA